UGUUUCGGAUAAAAACCUUCUUCGUCAUUGACUAUUCAGUUUCCUUAUAAUUCGUAUUCCCUGUGGAUCAUUCCAUUUUCAUCCCACCUUUCUCUCCGCUCGAUUCAUACUAACUUUACAGAUUCUCUCACUCUUCAUCUCUCUUUAUUUUUGUAAUUUCAAUUUCUUUCGCUUUCCAAUCCCAUACCCCUUUUCCCUCAAUCUUCCUACACUACUUUCAUUUUUUAUUUUUUCCUGAGAUUUCGCUUUGAUUUUCUCCCCAAUUCCUUGGAUUUUGGAUUUUCUGAUCUGGGUUUUUGAUUUUUUCAUCUGGGUGUUGGAUUUUGUUUCUGGGAUUUUUGUGGGAUGAAGAUCGUUGAAUUGGAAGAUGCUGGAAAUGAUCGGGGAAAUGAAAAAAUCGGUAGUGGUCAGAUUGUGAAAGUCGAUGCCAAAAGAGCUUUGGUUGGUGCUGGGGCUCGAAUCUUGUUUUACCCUACCCUUUUGUAUAACGUGCUUCGGAACAAAAUGGAAGCUGAAUUCAGAUGGUGGGAUGAAGUUGAUCAGUUUCUUUUGCUAGGUGCAGUGCCCUUCCCCAAAGACGUGCCAAGAUUGAAGAAGCUUGGUGUCGGUGGUGUUAUCACUCUCAAUGAACCUUAUGAAACUCUAGUUCCAUCUUCCUUGUAUUACCGCCAUGGAAUCGAUCACUUAAAGAUCCCAACAAGAGAUUAUUGUUUUGCUCCUAAGUUUUCUGAUAUUAGCCGAGCUGUUGACUUUAUUCACAGAAAUGCAUCAUCUGGUAAAACGACAUACGUCCAUUGUAAAGCAGGACGAGGAAGGAGCACAACCAUUGUGCUUUGCUAUUUGGUCAAAUAUAAGCACAUGACCCCGUCUGCUGCACUGGACUACGUGCGUUCUAGAAGACCACGUGUGUUGCUCGCCCCCUCACAGUGGGAGGCUGUUCAAGAAUACAGCAACCGUGGACCUGUGACAAGUUCUAGCUCACCCUCAGGAGGAGAUGCAGUCCUCAUUACGAAAGAUGAUUUAGAAGGAUAUCACGGUACAUGCAUCGACAGUGCGGGUAGAGAACUUGCAGUAGUCCCUUGGAUGGGUAAGUCAAAGCCGAUGAUAGCAAGGUUGUCCUGCCUCUUUUCCUCUUUGAUAGUUCAUGGAAGUACUGGAUCUCUUAUUAAGCGUCUGCCUGUGCCGGAGGCUCGUGCUUGCUGAUGAUAACCAUAGCAACCCCCUCUUGUAUAGUUGUAUCAUGAAAGUAAGAAUCUACUCUUGUUUAGAGUGGAGACGAAUGGAAAAGGCUCGAAGAACGUCGUUCGUAUGGAGCUCGUAGAACACUAUAACAGUGAUUAGGUUGUACAUAACUGGUACAUCAAAAUUUUCCCUUCCCUUAAAUUAUCUCCUCAAGAAAGAAAAAAAAGAAAACCUUGUGGUUUGCGCUGAUGGAAAAUACUAAGCUUGUGUCAGCUAUGAAGUCGAAAUGGUAUCGACCUUUCUUGAACAAGAUCGGUUGUGUACAAACCUUGACCUGUCCUUCGGUUCUAUGGUUAGCAACAGCCAAAACCAAGCAGCCAUGUAAAUUUGAUCAUGAUAUCCAUUACCACUUAAAAGAUUUUGCCACAGGUUCAAAUA